GGAAACUUCAAUCACCAUGGAAGAUGAUGAUCCUUUUGGUUCUAUAGCGGAGCUAUGUCAGGUGUCGUCCUCUCAGGAGUCCCUCUUACGCCGCUGCCGCUUCUUCUACCAGGCCAAAGCCUCUGCCUGCUCCUCAGACGAGGAAGGCGACUACAAUGAUCCGGCGUACAUUCCGGUGGAUUCGACUGGUAUUACCAUGGUUUCCCCACCGGAGUCCGCGGAUAAUGAAAAUAUGCAUCUCGAAGACCUGUUUCAUACCCCUCCUGAAGGGUCCCUCUCCGCCGAUCACGGUGAGGACCAUAGGACCAUCGACGGAGGUCGCUAUGCGGAAGGGGAUACUGUCCCCGUUGAUACCAAUUGUGUGGAUGACAUAAUGGCGGUCGAUCUGGGGAGGGACACUGACCUAGUUUUUUCUGAAGUGGAAGUGGAACCGACGCAGAGGAUGGACAUCCAUUCGGAUCAAAACGUCGCGUUUCAAAGUGAACCGGAUGAAGCUAGGGUUUCGAAGAGCAAGUUUUCUCCAGCCGAGCAAUCACUGGGAGAGUCUCCGUUUAAAAGGUUGAAAAUUUCAAGUUUUGAAUCGUCGGAUUUAGGUCUAGCAACUGUACAAGAGAAACCGGAAGAGGAAUUCUUGAAAUCUUCCGAGAAAUUGAAGUCCGUGAGUGUCAGUCCGUCACCAAUAGAUCUCUCCGGGACAUCAGGUAAAAAUACGGAUUCUUCUGAGACAUUGGAGCUUCCUCUUUCGAGUUGUGAAGUUGGUGAAGGUAUUCAUAACAGCAGAGAGGAAUUACUGAAAUCUUCUGAGAUAUCGAAGUCCAAGAGUGUUAGUUUGGGUUUGAGUUUGAGGGUUCGUCCUGGGAAUGUUGCAGAUGAAAUUAGGGAUUCUUCUGGGACAUUGGAGCUUGAUAAUCCGCAAAAUCAUGUUUCCAAUUGUGAAACUGGUGAAGAUAUUUAUACCAGCAGAGAGGAAUUGUUGAAAUCUUCUAAUGUAUCAAAGUCUAAGAGUGUUAGUACGGUUCGUUCUGGAAAUGCAAGAAUUGAGGAUUCUUUUGUGACUUUGGAGCUUCAAAAUCAGCAAAAUCAUCUACUCCAUAGUGAAGCCGGUGAAUUUAAUCACGCUAAAAGAGGAGUGGAGUUUUCAACUGAAGUUAUUGACUCUGAGAUUGAGGAUAGAAAUAUAGAGAGCUGUAUUAAAGGAAUGUCUGAUGGGGAGAAGAUGAAUAUGGAAGACAUUGACAAGUUUAGGUACACUGGUGCAAAUUAUUCUAAAUUGUGUGAAAUGGAGGGGAGAGCCAAGGGAAAACGCGUAUUGCCUUCUCGGAUUUAUGCCACGGUGGGAGCUGCUGCAUCAUCAAAAACUGCACCACAGGGGGCUGCUGUCACCACAUCAUUAAAUACAACGUGGGAGGAUACUGCAGUGGCUGCCACAUCGCAAAUGAUUGUGUCCGAGGGGACUGCUGGGAAUGUGUCAGAAUCAGAUGUUUUACCUGAGAAGAAAUCCACGAAUUCUUUUCUUCUGGAUGUGUUGAAGGCAUUGGGAAAAGAUGAUGAUUCAUGUAAUGAAAAUCUGAAGCACCUCAGUCUCAUGGAGGUGUUGAGGAGGCAUGGCAUGGCAUUCACUCAGCCUAGCAAGGAUGAUGAUAUGUGCAAUGAAAAUCUGAAACAUCUCAGCCUCAUGGAGGUUGUGAAGAGGCGUGGUGCAGCAUUUACUCAGCCUAGCUGGUGGCCAAAGGAGGGACUUGAAGUAAAGAAAUGAUUGGAAAGUGGUCUUUGGAGGUUCAUGUUGCCAUGAUUGUAUUUUGGAGUAUUGGGAGAAGGAAAUCAAUGUGGGGGCAGUUUCCAGCUACUGACCUGGGUAGGUGCAGCACUUUCACGUCCAAGGCAUCCCCUUAUCUCAUAGAGCACAAGUUGGGCUAACUCAGAUAUGUUGAGGACUGGCACUGAAGUGCAGCAGCUAGCAGCUCAACAUUCCUCUUCACCACAGAAUGUUGUAAAGGAUGAAACAGUACUCAAGCUUCAAAACCAGUUGACAACAGGAUGUGCCAACAACUUAUGUUGUAGAUAUUUCCUUUACCAAGGAUGCUGCAGACUUUGUUCCGGUUUAUAUUUCUGUUUUGCCUGUUUAUUUUUUUUAUAAAAAAAACGGGUCUUCAUGGUUUAAGAUCAGACCAAUGGCCCAAACAAGGCUCGUGGUCUUAGCAAUGGCCCAAACAAGCAAUUAAGGCUCGCGGGCUUAACAUUGCGUUUGGUGGAGUUUAAUUUUGGUGUAAGCAACUUUAUCUCUUAGAAGGUAAUCUGUUUAGUUAU